AUUACAAAGAUCUCAAAACAAAACCACUAAGCACCAAACCUUUGAGCCAGAAGACUUUAGUGCAGAUAACCUCUAUAUUAAAGAUAAUAAUAACUUAGAAGUUAACAAUGUUAAUGAGCAAAUUUUAGCAGAUAUGAAUCUGGAUAGUUAUAUCAAUAUAGAUCAGCCUCAGAUUAAGACUGAGAUAGUCGAAAAAGAACCAAUUGAAGAUACUCUAAAGGAAUUAAACAACUCUUCAAUGGAAAAUCACACUAUAGAUUCCAACAUGAUAGUAGACCCACUAACCACCCUCUAUGACAACUCCAAGGUUGCUAAAUCCUCUUUCAUCAGCAACGAUGACAAUAAAUACCAAUUGGUGGUGUCAAAGAAAAAACAUAAGGGUAAAGCAAAAGUAUUGAAUGCAAAAAGAAACAAAGUUAUGAGUCUGGAUUCUAAAAAGAAUCCAGGUCUUAGAACCAAAAGAUCUUAA